UUUGCUGCGUCAGUGCGUCAGUGUUCGUUGUCAAGGUUACGAGCAGUCGCUGGCUGAGUGUGUCAUCUACGACAAGAUCAGCAGUGACGACGGGGACGUCGCUGUGGCAACGUGUUACCAAGCAAUAGAAGGCGCACAGUGUGAUGACUUUAAAUGUGUAAACUCAAAAUGUGUGUCGCUGAACCAGACGUGUGAUGGAGUGGACGACUGUGGAGACCUCAGCGAUGAGAUGUGCUGCCAAAAAUGCAGGAACAAUGCGUUUCACUGCAGGACAGGUGUGUGUGUGUCCAGAGAGGUAAUACAAGAUGGAGUGAUGAACUGUCUGGAUGGCCAGGAUGAAGCAACCAUACAGGACGAGCCCAAGGUAACAGAGAUAGCAGGCAGGCGUGGCCUGAAAAACAAAGAGAUAACAGGCAGGCAUCGCCUCAACAACAAAGAGUACAUCUCUCCAAAAACUGAGAUUAAGAAGAACAGAGAGCAGAUGGAGUCUCUGCAUUGUGGCAUUCCUAACAUGACCCUGGUGGACAGCGAGGUGGCGGUGCCCAGAGAGAGACACAGAAUCAGGAGGGUGGUGGGCGGAGUCCCGGCAAAACCGACUCAGAUCCAGUGGCAGGUGGCUAUAGAGGAGAAUAAGAACAUAGACUGUGCUGGAGCAUACAUAGGAGACUGCUGGGUCAUCACUGCUGCUCACUGUGUCAGGCCGAACCCGAGUGCUUUCAGCAUUAAGAUCUCUCUAUGGAAGACCAUCGAGGCUCAGGACACAACAGACAUCAUCCCUGUAGAGCGUAUUCACAUCCACCCCCGGUAUAAUGCAAGUAACUAUGAGAAUGACAUCGCUCUGAUGCAAUUAAAGAAGCUGCCGUUUUCCAGUCGCUGUUUUGUGGAAAAUCCGGCUGUCAGUGCUGUGUGUGUUCCCUGGUCACCACACAUCUUCAACGCCAACCACACCUGCAGCAUCUCUGGGUGGGGACGCACCGCGGGGGGUAAAUCUUCUAAUGUGUUGCUUUGGGCAAAUGUUGCUCUCAUCGACAACUGUGAGAAAUUCUACCAGCAUCGCUUCAAACCAGGAAUGACAUGUGCAGGUGAUUUGGAUGGCAGUGUGGACUCAUGUCAGGGGGACAGUGGGGGACCUCUGGUGUGUCAAGAUGAACUGGGUGUGUCUUACCUUUGGGGCGUGGUCAGCUGGGGGGAGAGGUGUGGCCAGCCCGGUUUCCCUGGUGUUUACACACAGGUUGCUCAUUAUUACGAGUGGAUACGGCUGCAUACAGGCUGGCCUUCUGUUACCAAGUACAACAGCUGAUACAACACACACGCACAGACACACACACACACACACACACACAAAUAAUGAGUAUCUUUGAAAAAAGAUGGCAUGUAUCAAAGUAUAGGCUAGCUUAGCACCGUCAGUAUUUGUGUAAUCUUCACAUUGUUCAUAUGGAGGUUUUCACCAGGCCUGCGUGGUUUUCACCAGGCCUGCGUGGUUUGUGAAGGAAACUGUCUUGUUUUGUUGUCAAUAAAGCUUCGUACUCUGUC